AUGGUUCCUCUAGAUCCAAUUAACUACAUAAUUACAACUUACACAGAUGGAUCGAAACACUCAGAUGAUUCCACAGGCUACGGUGUGGCUAUCUUUAUAGAUAAAGAAACACGGAUGACAGAAAACUACACCAUGAAACAGUAUCACACAGUCUUUCAAUGCGAAGCACACGCUCUCCUCAGAGCUAGUAUCCUUCUAAACGACAUUUUGUCAUCCCCCUCUCUCUCAGAACACAGAGUCAUAAUCUACUCAGACUCACAAGCACUGAUCAAAGCACUUUCGAACCCCUACUCAAUCAGCAAAACCAUCAUAGAUCUCCACAAUAGCUUAAACGAUACAGCCUCAACUCACCUUAUCACGAUAGAGUGGGUUCCAGGUCACAAAGACCACUACGGAAACGAGCUUGCAGACAAACUAGCGAACAUCAGAGCUGUCGAACCAAAUCCAGCUCCCUCGACAAACCAGCCGAACAUUCCCCACACAUUCUUCAAAAACAAGGUUCACAAAUAUAUAAACGACAAAAAGAACAAGCGCUGGAAUAACUCUAACAUAAGUAAAAACACAAAAGAACUGGUAUCAGCAAUUGUAAACCGCAAUCUUCAAGGCCAACACUGCACCUCUUCAAGCUGGGCUUUGACGUCCUCAAACCAUUGA